AACUGAAUAAUCCGAAAGCCCAGUAGCAUAGUCCUUUUAAUACACAUAAGCCAAAAUUAGGGUUUUCUCUCUACGCCAUCAAGCGAUGAUCGUCUGCUUUCUCUGUCAUCUUCUAUGGUGUUUCCAGAGAUUGUCUGACACAAAUCGACAUGAAAAAUCUCUCUGUUGCCUUGCAGUCGCGUCGAUUUGUCUUCUCUUUUAGUAAUCCGAAAUGCUAUGAGUUACAGAUCCAACGAAUUUGUCGCUUUCUUAACUCCAUAGACCGAUGUGAAGCAUGAUCUUUCAUUGAAUGAGAGAUAUUCCUCUGCAAAGCCCUGUAUCCAGAACUAUAUAAAGACUGCGAAAAGCUUUCACCGACCGAUGAGCAGACCAAGAGUUUUACGAAGCCUUCUGUCUCAUCGACAACUCAGAUGGUCUGUUGUUGUUUACUUUUAUUGUACUUAAUACACAACCUUUUAUUUAUCCGAACAGGUCAUCGAACUGAUGAUAUGAUGGAUUAGUUGAUAUUUAUAUAAGUUGUGCGUGUGAAACAGGGUUCAUCACGAAGGAGUAGCUAAAGAAAGUGAUGAAAUCGAUGGGGAAGAAUCCAAGGGGAGAACUUUGGGAAAUUAUGAUCGAUGUCAACGUUGAUGGCAAUUUAGGCAUCUAUAUAAUGGCUCAAAACACCUCUCAGGACUCAGCAUGGGAUGAUACUAAUAGAAAUAUUCAGUGUGUUCGAAGGGAAAGUUUCAUCUCGACACUUGAGGGAAGCUUGAAGAUCUUCUCAGAGAGUAGGCGUCCACAGGUGCAUCAGGAGGUGCUGACGGUGAGAGAUCAGCUGGAGAGAUCCAGGAUUGUCGAGUUGAGGUGCGAGGAGACGGAACCAGAGAUUCACGACGAAGAACAAGAUAGACAAACUUACAAGUGAAGACAUUGGUUUUUGUUUCUACAUACGCAUUUUCAUCUAAUUAACAGGUUUCCUAUUUAUUAUUAUAUGCUUCGUGAAAGCACUAUGUUAUUUGAUCUAGAAUAAAAUGUAAUUUAUGUCAAUUUGCUCGGAAUAAUGAACAUGUUUUUAAGCGAGAUUUUAUUUUUGAGGAAACAACAGUUGUAGCUAUAUUUUGGUUGCUAAUGGGUUUGGCUU